AUGGAAAAAGAGGUUGUGGAAAAUCUUUGGAAUGGUGAUAGAGACUCACAAAUUCAAGCAGCUAUGAAACUUAGUAGAUUAAGAAGUAAACAGAGGCACAAGUUGGCAGAAAGUGGUGCAAUGGUUCCUUUGAUUUCCAUGCUUCAUUCUAAAAACUAUGAAGCCAUAGAAGCUUCUCUGUGUGCUCUACUCAGCCUUUGCUUUGGCAGUGAAAGAAACAAGAUUCGGAUCAUCAAGUGUGGGGCUUUGCCAGUUUUGCUGAAUUUCCUCCAUUGUCGUAGCCAGCCAAAUACAGUGACACAAAUGACAUUAGUAGCCAUGCUAACCCUCUCGUCUUGCAAUGCAAAUAAGGUAGCAAUUGCUUCAUCUGGGGCUAUCCAACUCUUGGCUGAAUUCGUCAAUAGUAGUUGUAGCACUCAGUCUCAGCUAGAUGCCAUAGCUACCCUGCACAACCUCACAACAUGCCAAAACAUUGUUCCAUUGAUUGUCUCUUCUGGUGUCAUACUCUCCUUGCUUGAACUGAUCCACAGAUCAGUCAAAUCAUCUCAAUUGGUUGAGAAAGCAAUUGGGUUGCUAGAAAACAUUGUCUCUUCAUUAAAGAAUGCACUUUGUGAGGCUUGUAGUGAUGGAAGAACAAUUAGGAUGCUGGUUGAGACUAUUGAAGAUGGAUCUUUACUAAGCAAAGAGCAUGCAGUGAGUAUGCUUCUACUUAUAUGCCAGAGCUGCAGAGAUAAAUAUAGAGGUUUGAUUUUGACAGAGGGAGUGAUGCCAGGAUUGCUUCAGUUAAGUGUGGAUGGAACACGGAGAGCCAAAUCCAUGGCUAGAGAAUUGUUGUUGCUUCUAAGGGACUGCAGAAACUAUAGCUCGAGACGUAAACAUAUUAAUCAUGAGCUUAUAGAAAGGGUAAUGGAAGAAAUUGAUUCAAAAGGAGAGAAAUUGGGCGAUACUACUUUGAGGUUGAUAGAGGAGAUGCUUGCCAAGCUCAAUGCAUAA